GAUUUAACAGUUGGGUUUCCAAUCCGGAACGGAACUAAUUUUCAGACGCACUCCAAUGAUGUGCUACAUUUGUUUACGUCCGUGUUUAAGCCAUUGAAAUGUCAUAUCACGAUGAAAUGUGGCAUUCAAGUCGAAUACGUGAACAAUGUCGUCUAGAAUUUAUUAUCCGCGUGUCUUUUUAACGAGAGCUAAUGGAGAAAAGAAAGCAAAAGAAAGUUAUGCGCUACGUGGAGGAGGGCAGUCUGAUGAAGCUGAAAUCAUUCCUCCGUAAACACAAGGAUCUGGAGCUGAACUUCACCAAAGGGAAGAAGCGCAGAAGCCCGCUGCACGUUACCUGUUCCCACGGGGAUGAUGCGAUCCUCAGGCUGCUGCUGAAACACGGAGCAGACCCGCUGCAAACAGACAGAAACGGAGACACGCCGUUACAUGUGGCUGUGAAAAGAGCCCUCAAACAUGGCAAAAGAGCUUAUGAUGACCUGGUGGUGCCACUGCGGAAGAACUGUCCACAAUCGAUGGAUAUAUCUAAUAAAGCAGGAGUGACUCCUCAUGACCUGCUCCAGUGGAUGAAGAAGCCCGAGCAGGGGAAUACCAAAGAUGAAUCCUCACACGUUGAUACUGAGCAACAAUGGAGAGAGAAGCUUUUAGGAGAAUGCCAGGAUGAGUUUUUUGAGACAUUCGGACAGUUUGAUGAUGACCACUUAUGGGAUGACAAAGAUGAGGAAGAAUUCGGAGACUGGGCCGAUCGUAUCCGAAGAGAGUAUUUCAGCAAGCAGCGAAGCCGAGAACAGAGAGAAGCAUCUUCUUCUGGACACAAGAAAUCCAAAAGGCCGAAGGAGACGGAAGAGGACGAGAGGAGCCGAAAAGAGCUAAAUGCCAGACUGGAGCGCGAGCAUCAGGAGUACCUGCAGAGAGCAGCUCGAAAAGAGGAAGAGACGCGGCAGGGAAGGAAGAGGCGUUACGAGGAGCGCUGCACUGCCACCUUUCACGGCUCAUCCAGCAAGGGUCAGGAAGGCCUGCUGGCAUACGAGGACAUCCCUUGGCCUGCACCUCGGGGGUCGUUGGAUGAAAUGGUGGCCGUUAUGUUGCAUGGAGCCAAUCGGGCUGAUUUGCCAGCUUUCCGGAAGAUUCUCCGUCGACAGCAGGCGCUCUGGCAUCCGGACAAGUUUGCCCAGCGCUGUGGAGGUCGACUGCUGGAUUCGGAUAGGAAAAAGAUUCUGGACACGGUUACUGGACUCUCACAGGAGCUCAACAGACUCGCACAGAGCCUCAGAUGAUGCACAGCUCUCCGUUUGUUUGAUUUUUAUGUUUGUACUGUAUGUUCGAUUUUUUUUUUUUGACCGUUCAAAUGCAAAAAUUAGUAGUGGUUGCUUUGUUGAAAUAGGGGCGGCAGAGGAGGAUGUAUUUUAUUCAUUUAUUUUUUCAGUGGUUUAUUACUUGGGGGGAAAGUUUUUUUAAAAUAAAAAUUCUCCUCUGCCACCCCUAUUUUAAUAAAGCAGCUACUACUAAUUGUGCUUUUAAAUGUUCAAAAAUCAUCUUACAUACUGUACAACAGGGGUGCUCAAUCCUGUUCCUGGAGAGCCACCUUCCUGCAGAUUUCAGUUGCUACCCAU